AAAAUUUAAUUGUCAAAUGGAAAAGUUAAAUACAAUUUUUAUUUUAUUCACUGGCAAAAACCUACUCUGAGAGAAACAGAAAUUCUUAGAUUUUCAAAUUGCUUUAUUUUCCCCAAAAGACUCAGCUAGCCGAUAACUUACCAGCUAAUAUAUCCAUUACGGUAUUGUUUGCGUUGUGCGGUAACCGUCACUUGCCGUAAUACCUAGGCGCCCUUAACAAUUACAAGUAGACUCACAUCCAAGAUUUGCCGCCCCCAGCAGUCGCAUGCCCAGUCCAGGCCCCAAACUGGCCAACGUCAAAGAAAUGUAUGCAAAAUGGCGCAUUAGCAUUUCAACAAUUCGGAAAACAAGUGGAAUGGAAAUACCAACAACAACUGAGAAAUUGAUUGAGCUAUGUGGCCAACGGUGUGACGCCGCCCCAAAAACCCAGCCAGGGCAUAUAUGCUAUGCUCGCUAUAAUUUGACCAGAAUGGGCCAGGACAGAGUCCAAUAGGGCCGGCCGACAGUUCAGUUCAGUUUUGUCAGUCCAUGCGAACGGUUCGCUGGCAACGCGAGCGACAAGUCGGAUUUCCAUCGAGCACUUCACAGCGGAAGUGUCCCAAUAUAUUUUGCAUACGAUUCGAAUAGUUUGUGAGUGCGGCAUUUUGCAGAGGUUAUCAGCACGUCAAGGGCACGUGGCAUAUUGAACCGAAGGACACUCAACUGAUCAAAGAUGGCGGCUAGCGCUGGUGCCAGCAGCUGGUCGGGCAGCAGCGGCGGCAGUACAUCCUCUCAAGGACGUCAACUGGCUACCGCUCAGCCCGCCCAGGAGGAGCGUCUAGUGGUUGCGGUACGGGUACGUCCGAGCCUGGAGGCCACCGAGCGCUGCAUUGAGGUCAUCUCUGGCGGCUCCCUGCUGUAUGAUGAUGGUGGCAAAAGCCGACCACGUAAAUAUUCCUACGACCAUGUCUUCAAGGAGAACGACACACAGGAGCAGGUGUACAAAACCACCACAGCGCCACUAGUCAGAGAUGUUCUGAAUGGAUACAAUGCGGCGGUCUUUGCAUAUGGCGCUACUGGUUCCGGCAAGACGCACACAAUGCUCGGGCCUGUGCCGCGCAAGAAACCCUCGACAGCUGACCGCGGGCCGACAGCGACCGGUGGCUACGAGGCAGAUGUUAGCAGUCAGGACAUUGGCUUGAUGGUGCGCGCCAUCGAGGAUAUUUUUGGACACAUUGAGGCAGCCGGGCCAGAGAGCUCUACCAAGGUAUCGAUUUCGUAUCUCGAAAUUUACAACGAACUUAUACGGGAUUUGCUGAAUCCUGGUGGUCCGCUGGAACUGCGUGAGGAUCAUCGUGGCCAGCGCAUUACCGUAGCCGGGCUCUCCGAAAUAACCACAUCCAGCCGCAAGGAGGUCGUUAGCUUGCUUAUCAAGGGCAACAAGGCGCGCACAAUGGAGCCCACAGCUGCCAACCAGACCUCAUCGCGCAGCCAUGCACUUCUAAGUAUUACUGUGCAGACACGCACGCCCCUGGGCACCAAGCAGGGCAGGCUCUUUCUAACUGAUCUGGCGGGAUCGGAGCGCGCCAAGAAGACAAAGAAUCGUGGCAAGCGCUUGCAGGAAGGCGCCCACAUCAAUCGCAGUCUGCUGGCUUUGGGAAACUGCAUCAAUGCCCUGUCGGGCGGUGCUCGCUACGUCAACUAUCGCGACUCGAAGCUCACCCGGCUGCUGAAAGAGGCGCUCAGUGGCCGCUGCAAGACGGUCAUGAUAGCCCACGUCGCUCCCGAGAGCAAGCAUCGGGACGAGACCAAGAACACCCUGGUAUAUGCGGACCGUGCAAAUAGCAUCACCACCAAGCUGCAGAGUUCCGUAUACAUCGAUGAGUUCAAAAACUUUCCCACCAAGCACUACCAGAGCCUGGUCUCAGAGCUGCGGGACGAGGUCACCCGCCUGCGCACUAAGAUGCUAACGGAACGUCCACGCAGCGGAGCUGCCGCCGCAGCAGCAACAACAUCAGCACAUCAGCCACCCAGCGAGGAGCUGAACGAGCAGCGCAAAACGGAGCUUCGAUAUCUGCGGGAACAGAUUGUGCUGACCUUCAAGCAGCAGAUGAAACUGCGACGCAAACUGCUCGAGGCGGAGAGCCAUUUGCUGGGCCUGGAACUGGAUGCCGAGCGACAGCAUAUGAUCAUUUCCCAUUGGCAGGGACGCAUUGGCAAGCUGUAUGAUGCACCAGGAGAAGAUGACGUGGAAUCGGAGGGCUCAGUGGCUUUAAAGAAUGCCUGGGGUGAGUUGGCGGCUAUAGAGAAGGAGACGCGGCGUUAUAAGGAAAUUCGUGAGCAUACAGAGCACGAGCUGGAGCUAUGUCGCCAGAAGGGUGUCAAGUUAGAAGAUGAGCUUCCGGAACGCAUUAGCAGCGAUGAGGAGCGCGAACUGCUCGCUCUGCUCUGCCGCGUCCACGAACUGGAGGCGGACAAGGUGUCGCUGCAAGCGGAGCGGCUGGCUCGUCAGGCGGAGCUGCGACGUCGCGACCUGCAACUGUUGCGUGCCGAGCGGCAACGGCGCCUGUGCGAGGACAUCAUUAGCUCCCAGCGUCGACUUAUUGAGGAAGGCAACGUUGAGCUGCCGGAUGAGCUGCGCGAACUCUACGGCCUGUAUCAGCAGGAGAUACACGCCGGAGUUGUUACGCCCAGCACAAGCGGCUACGAGAGGAAGCUGCCGCCCAUAUACACAGCUGGCUCCGAUUCACCCAGUUCCAGUUCCAGCUCUGAGUGGUCCCCCGCCUCACCAUUGCCGGUUAUAGAGGGCCAUCCCGAGCUCAUUGUCGUACCAGAAGGUCCCGAUCGCCUAAUGGGUCCGCCAGUGAAUCCGCGUCUGCCACGUCUGUCCACUGCAGUGCCAGCGACCGGCACACGACGCCCCUCGCUGCGUCUGGGCAAGCAGACGCAUCCUUAGAGGCGGCAGCGCCAACUCUGUUCGAGUUGCUCAGGAAUAGUUGUAAAGGUUUAGGUUAGGAUUAAGCGGGCGCUUCUAAUUAAAGUAACGAUCAAUAUGCUAAAGCAUUAAUUAACAUAAAUUAUGUUUGUCGAAAUUUUAAGUGCAUAACUUCAAUAAAUGCCUAGCCUAAUGGAACUGCA